GCGCCCGCGAUUGCGCAGGCGCCUCGGGAAGAGCAGCGCCUCGCCCCUGCCCCUUCGCGUCUCUCUCGCCCACGGGACCCACGAGCGGCGGGUUCCGCGCGCUGGAAGGAAGCGGCGGCCGGGCCCCUGAUUGCUCUUCUUCAACACAUUCACUAUGAAGUUACUAUUAAUACUGUUACUUUCUGGACUUAUAACUGCUUGUAGAGGUAACUCUUCCUACAGUUUGCCACCGAAGUUACUGCUGGUGUCCUUUGAUGGCUUCAGAGCUGACUAUCUACAGAACUAUGAAUUUCCUCAUCUCCAGAAUUUCAUCAAAGAAGGCGUCUUAGUAGAGCAUGUUGAAAAUGUUUUUAUCACAAAAACAUUUCCAAACCACUAUAGUAUUGUGACAGGCUUGUAUGAAGAAAGCCACGGCAUUGUAGCUAAUUCCAUGUAUGAUGUAAACACCAAGAAACAUUUUUCUGACUUUAAUGACAGGGACCCCUUUUGGUGGAAUGAGGCAGUACCUAUUUGGGUGACCAAUGAGCUUCAGGAAAACAGAUCAAGUGCUGCUGCUAUGUGGCCUGGUACCGACGUGCCCAUUCACAAUACCACACCUUCCUAUUUUAUGAAUUAUAGCUCCUCAGUGUCAUUUGAGGAGAGGCUAAAUAAUAUUACCAUGUGGCUGAGCAAUUCGAACCCACCAGUUACUUUUGCAACACUCUAUUGGGAAGAACCAGAUGCAAGUGGACAUAAAUAUGGACCAGACGACAAAGAACACAUGCGCAGAGUGUUGAAAGACAUAGAUGACCUUAUUGGUGACUUGGUUUACAAACUGAAGACGUUAGGACUGUGGGAAAAUCUCAAUGUGAUCAUUACAAGCGAUCACGGGAUGACCCAGUGUUCUAAGGACAGACUGAUAAACUUGGAUCUCUGCGUCAACCAGUCAGACUACUCUGUUAUAGAUUUGACCCCAGUGGCUGCGAUACUUCCCAAAAGAAAUAGAACAGAGGUUUAUAACAAACUAAAAAACUGUAGCUCUCACAUGAAUGUUUAUCUCAAAGAAGACAUUCCUGCCAGGUUUCAUUACCAACAUAAUGAUCGCAUUCAGCCUAUUAUUUUGAUUGCUGAUGAAGGCUGGACAAUUGUGCAUAACAAAUCAUCACUAAAAUUGGGUGACCAUGGUUAUGAUAAUUCUUUGCCUAGUAUGCACCCAUUUCUGGCUGCCCACGGUCCUGCAUUUCACAGAGGCUACAGACACUACACAGUUAACAGUGUGGAUAUUUAUCCUCUGAUGUGCCACAUCCUGGGAUUAAAGCCACAUCCCAAUAAUGGAACCUUUGGUCAGAUUAAGUGUUUGUUAGUUGACCAGUGGUGCAUUAAACUCCCAGAAGCCAUUGGAAUUGUUUUUGGUGCACUCUUGGUCUUAACCACUCUGACCUGCCUCUUCAUAGUCAUGCAGAAUAGAUUGUCAGCACCGCAGCCAUUUUCCCGACUGCAGCUACAAGAUGAUGAUGAUGACCCCUUAAUUGAAUAACAUGUGCUGGAGUUCAUACAAGGUGUUUUUGGUUAGUCACACAACCAAGGAUACACCCAGUGUGUUAUAACUAUGAAAAAGUAUAUUCUGAAAGACAAAGAAUUUACAUCAAGCACACUAAAAUUAUUGUGGCUUGUUUUUCUUUUGGUACAUUAGCUAAUACCAAAAAAAAGAAGAAGAAAAAAAAUCCUGACCAUAAUAAAAAUUGCUAUUAAAUUAUAGUUAACACUAUUUCUCUAGCUAGAAACAUUUUUUAAAUAAAAGUACUGCCUCUGCCUUUUUUUCUUUUUGCAAUGAAAAUUUGACACACCUUUAGAUGAAAAUAUAACAAAUGUAGGAGGCACGCUUUUCUAAUAAAUUUUGUAUAUUUGUAAAUGAAGCAACGGCAUCUUUAUGUAAUUAGUAGAAUUUGUGUAUCAGGGAGGAAAAGUUUCUUAUAUUUUUAUACUUACCUUUAAUAGAGUUUGUAUCCCAAGUAAAUCCUUGAGUUAGGAAAUUUUCUGUGAUGGUUAAUAAAAUCAAUUAACCAGGCAGAAAAGAUCAAGCAUAUAAAGAUAUUAUUUUAAGAAAAGUUGUUAUAAAAAACUGUCAAAGGCAGUGUGGUACAGAGCCUGUCUUCACCGUUGUGUCUUUGUUAAGACCCUUAAGCUGUUGAAACCUCAGAAGUUUUCUUUCAAAGAUUAUUGCUAAUAAGAAAUUAAGAAAAUAGAAAAAAGUGCAUUUUCUGUUUGUGCUUAAUGUCUGUGUAAAUUAUUUUUGUGUGUAUUAUAAAUGUGUUAGCAUGUUUGGGUGUGCAGACUUUAUACAACUUAUGGAAGGAGAUGAGAGAUGGACUUAACCAUAGGGUAGGCUUCCACAUUCCCGUAGAACUCAGAUCUCAGGAAGGGUUGUAUUUGCAGUCUUAUUUGUUUAUCUUCUUCCAACUCAAAAGUUAGAAUAAUAAUUUUUAAGAGUCUCAUGCUCUACCGACUGAGCUAGCCAGGCACUCCUUAGAAUAAUAAAUUUUAAAAUCAUUUUUGUUACCAUCUUUAACUUUCUUGUGUUGUAUUAUAGUUAGAGGUAUCCAAGAGCUACAGAAAAACUUACAACCUGCUUACAAAUCUGGUUUUGAUGGAUCAGAAUGAGAAAAAAAGAAAAGAAAAAAGAUUUUUGUUAACCUUUGAGACUUGUUUUACUGGUUAGAUAGUAGUACUCUAUUGUUAUAUUCAAAAUGGAAUUUAGUAUCUUUUGCUCUUUUAAUUCUUAGGUUAAUGACAGAAUAAACUUUCAACAUUGCCUGACAUUUUCUAGCUUGAGUGCUAGGUGGUACCUUCUAAUAAUCCAAAUUAGUACGAAGAAACUGAGUUGUGGCAGACUAGAUUAUAUCUAUUAGAGGAGAACUUGGGCUCAAGAACCACUUAUUGGGACUGGAGGCAAGCAAAUGAUAUUAAUAGUGUGAUCUUUAAAGUUUUGACAAUAUAAAAUAAAAUAGGCAACGGGUUUGCAGAUACAAAAAUAAUUGACAGUAACUAUGCAGUUAAAUGUUGACUGACUGUGGUGGUUGCGAACAGUGGUGCUAAUCAUCAGGUAUAGAAUUCACCCUGCUUGGUCAUUGCUGGUUUCCUGAUCCUGGUUUUUAGUGCCUCUUGUAUCUGGGGUUCUUGAAAAGUAUUUCUACAUCCUGCAUAAUUAGUUCAUGCUGUUAUUGGUCAUAAGUUGACUGUAUUAAGAACAGCAUAAGAAAUAAAAUAAAACCAAUAGGACUAAUUUUGCUUUGUGACAAAUUUUAUUUCUGAAGUUUUUCCUCACACAAAAUUUAUCCUAAAGUUAAUAGUUGAUUUGAAUGAAAUAAUAGAAAAUUUUCUUUUCUAUGGCAGUUGCCAUUAAAA